AUGGCUCCGGGUGCCUCGAAGACGACGUGGGGCAGCGUGGAGGUGGCCCUGACCAGCCUCUGUGCCAUCCUGCUCUGCUGCAGCCCCAUGCUGGCCGGCUGCCGCCGGGUGACCUUCUUCCCAGCAGUGUUAACUCUCCCUGCAGGCGACUCAGCCACCUUCUUCUGCAAUAUCUCCAUGGAGAAUGACUCUGGCUCGGAGUAUAGCCUCAAUUUGUACAAAGAGACCAACCACAGCCAAGCCCAAAAAAUCGCUGAGGUCAGCCGGAACAACCCCCAGAUGAAGACGGAGAAGUACCUGCUCACCAAUCACACUCCUGCCUUCAAGAUUGAGAUCCUGAACCUUCACCAGAACGACUCGGGCUCCUACUACUGUGGGCUGAUCACCUUCUUUGAACCCGAUAAAGUGAUGGAGAGCAACCGGUCCCACCUGGUGGUCACAGCAGCCCCUGAGAAGGUGAAUGCCACCGACGAGCCCGCGAUGGAGGAAGGCAACCCCCCAGACCACAUCAAGGCCGUGCUCCUCGGCAUCCUGCUGCUGGCUGGGGCGGUUGUGUUGCUGAUCUUUGGCUACCUCACCGUCACGUACAGGAGAGGAGAUGUGCAGAAACCACCAAGUGAAAACACGCCAGCGGAAGAGAAGCCCCCCGUGGUGUCUGUGUCCACUGUGGACUACGGCGUGCUGGAGUUUCAGUGUUACCAGCACACCCAAGUGCCCCCCGAGACCCGGCCAGUCGACCAGACCGAAUACGCCACCAUCAUCUUCCCAGAGGAGAAACCCGUCACACCGGAGCGGGGGAAGAAACACCAGGACGAGAGGACUCGGCAGCUGCAGUCGCAGCCCUGCUGA